AUGAGACAGUAAUUGUUAACAUCUCCUCAACCACCACCGAAAUAAUUUGUAAUUCCACAACAAAGACCCACUUAUUACUAACCACCGUAUCAACCUCAAACUUACAGACGACCACAACCAGCUUUUGUAAUUUAUACACAACCAUAACCCCAAUAAUACUAAUAUUAAUAAUAUCAAUCAUCAAUCUAACCCAGACAGACCUAACCAGUCUACACUGUUCAAUCCCAAUAAAUUUAUCAACCCAGUCCUGCCAGACAAUAACGAAAUUCUAUUCAUUAAUAACAACUCCCAAUUGUUAAUUCUAUAAACCCUCAAUACUCUAACAACUAAAGAUUAAUUUAUCCAAGUAGUUCACAACAAUAAUAAACGCUCCCAUAAACUGCUCCCAGAUAUUCGGUAUAAAAGCCUCAAACGUACACACUUCCUAAUCAAACCCCUCAAUAGAUUUUCCCACAAUAAAAUUAUCACCAAACAUAAUAAUAACAAAUCUAAUAGUAGACGCCCCAAAUUAAAUCCAUUUCGCCAGUCAACACGUAACAGGAAGAUGAAUUGGAGAAGAGAUUCUAAGAUGCUAUUGACAGAACCAGAGAUUUAGUAUAGAAAUAUAAUCCGGCAGAUUAAAAUAAAUAACAAUAAUAAUAAUUAACACAAUUGGCAUUACAAUACGAAGAUGGAUUUAUAUAUCGAGGACAGGGUUACGAACCUGCAGUAAGGGAAGGAUUCGGAGUGCUCACUGACCAAUAUGAGAAUGAAGUAUAUAGUGGAUAUUGGAGAGACAAUCAAUAUCAUGGCCAGGGAAAACUAAUCAAUUUCCAAGUGGAACAAAUCUAGGGACCUUAUGACUAUAGGGAUCUUGGGAACAUCGAGAACGGAUGGCUGAGUUAUGAAGGUGAUUUCUAUGAAGGCAAAAUGCAUGGAAAAGGAGUCCUCAUGUUGACAAACGGAGAGUAAUUUGAAGGAGAAUUCAACGAUGGCAUGAUUGAUGGCUAAGGAAUAUAUUCUACGUCAGAUCGACAUGACAUUAGAGGAGUUUGGAAAGAUGGAAUUUUAGUAGAAUGAUUCUUGAUUUUUAUUUAUAAGUGCAUAUUUUAAGCAAUUCAUCCGC